CCUAAAAGACAAACUGUUUUAGAAAUUUCGACGUCAACCACAAAUAACUAAAUAACUAUUUUAAAUAAUAGCAAUCAUCUUACAUGUAUCGGAUGAGAUAUGUCAUCUUACAUAUCUCGGAUGUCUUAUAUAUAUUGUGAUGUGGCAACAUUAGUUAUAAUCAAGGAAAGUGAAGUGGAAGGUAAAACGUAAUGUCAGAAUUGCCGUUCGGACGUAUCCCUUUCGCCGGCACGGUUGAUUGUCGUUAUGAACCAGCACAAAAAACAAAGCUGCAAAUUAUGCGCCAGUGGCGGUACCACGAUCAAAGCACUCCCUGAAUCACAUUAGCCGAGCCAGCUGGCGGAAGCAUAUGCAUAAAGGUUACUAGGUUACUAUUUUCAACGACAACUGUUUAUUUAUUAUACUGCUUCAAAUAUCUUCGACAAAAUCAAAUGUAACCAAUACAUGGACCUGAAACAGAUCGAUGAGGAAGCCAGACAGGCGGCAAUUAAGGAUAUAAAGAUUAUGCUUCAGCGUCCCGGCCAGCUGGAGAAAGUGGAACAAUAUCGUCAUCGGGACUACCGUAAGAAAGUCUCAAUCGAGGCGCAGCUGAAGACGUGUAUGCAAAAUCAGGCCGAUGAUGUGAAAAUUGGCUUCAAAAAGUUACAGUCCGCUUUGGCGGAUAUAGUCGAGAUUGACGACCAGAUGAAGGAUGCAAUUUCCCAGCUCACAGAUGUUCCAACAAUUUACGAUGCGCUUGAGGCUGUGCGGGACGAGAACGCAAAACACUCUCAAUACAUGACUGCGAUGGAAAAUCUGAAGCACAUUUUCACGGUACAGUCGAGUGUGGCCAAGACCAUGCAGUGGAUCGAGGAAGAUAAACUGCUGCACGCGCACCAAUGUUUGGCAGAUCUUGAGAAUUCACGCGAUGAUUUGCUUUUUGAAUUGCAUAAACUGCCCAAACAGAAUGCUCACGAUAAAAUUACGCUGAAGCGUUAUUUUGAAAAAGUUGAAACAGUUUCGGCUACUCUGGAGAAGAAAAUCCGUCUGAUUCUGCAGCGCACAUUGAAUACAGUACGCAAAGAACCAACCGUCAUUGUAACCGCACUGAGAAUCAUCGAACGGGAGGAAAAAGCGGAUGCCUUCGUGCUGCAGCAACAGAAGCAAACAGGAUUCAUUCCGCCUGGCCGACCAAAAGAGUGGCGCAAAAAGGCAAUGCAGGUUUUAAAUGAAGCAGUAAUUCAACGGAUUGAGGGUUCGAAACUGGAAGAGCGCGCGGAUAAUAAGCUCUGGUUGGUACGGGAUCUAGAGCUUACGCGACAGUUUAUUCUAGAGGAUUUGCGGGUGGUCAAGUCGCUUUGCGUACCCUGCUUUCCACCGCACUACAACAUUCUGCAAGAAUAUGUUAACAUGUAUCACAAUGCAUUAUCGAAAUAUCUGGAAGAAAUUAUUCAGAUGGGUCUGGAAGGAAAUGAAUAUAUUACCAUUCUUUCGUGGAUCAUGAAUACCUACCCUGGUCGAGAGUUAAUGCAGCAUCCAGAAUUGAUGAUUGACAUUACGGACAGAGGGACUCUCGCUAGCACUCAAGUUCUCAAAGAAAUGGAAACAGCUUAUCUCAAAACGAUGGAACGUAACUAUCAGGAAUGGAUGACUAAAACUUUAGAAACGGAAAAGGCCGAUUGGGAAAAUGGCAUCCCGGCUGACUCCGCCGAGCAAUAUUACCAUACUUCUGCCCCCGUAAUUAUAUUCCAAAUGAUUGAUCAGAAUCUGCAGGUCACGAAUACAAUACAUUCGGAUCUGACAUUCAACGCCUUGAUAUUGAGUAUACAACAAGUAAUGAAAUACGGCCACAAUUAUCGUAACGCAAUAAUCGAGUACAAAGAGAAACACUUCCGGGAUCGCAGUUUGGCUCCGUUCUUCACCCAACACAUUAUAACCAUUGUAAACAACUGUGCUCAAAUGAUUGAGUUGGCCCAACAGAUGAAGCAGUUGUAUUGGCCGAAGUCAAAGCCACAGCACUAUGAAGAAUUCGGUCGACUGCUAAGCACUUAUCAAGCGCUACGGGAUGAGGCCGGCUUAUUCUUGCUCGAGGAAGCUUUCUUGGAUCUUGAAGUGCAUUUCAAUGAUCUGUUCACUGCAAAAUGGACCGGUACAACAGUUUCUGUGGACACAAUCUGCGUUACAUUGGAGGAUUAUUUCCAAGAUUACAAUCAUUUACGUUCGACGAAUUUUGAGUAUGUAAUCAGUGAAGCUCAGCGAUUGGUGACCAAACGCUACAUCAAAGCCAUGUUAUCGAAGCGUCUCAGUAAACCUCGUCAGGAGUGUGACGUGCUCUCGAAGAAAAUUAUCAAGGAAGCAAAACAGAUUAAAAUUUUCUUCGAAAAGGUCGCUCCAAAUGUUUCGAAGAAUGAUUCACCGAUUGACGUUAUCUCUAACCUGGCGAAUCUGCUGACCUGCGAUGCGGAAAUGCUGGUACUUGAUCUGCACACCCUGCUGUCCAGCUAUCCUUCACUGACGGAGGAUCACGUUGUGAGGCUGUUCUACAUGCGGAGCGACUUCAAAGCGAGCGAAGUGAAGGAAAAGGUACACGAUGCCAUCGUGUCGAAAAAGAGCACCGUUAGUCAUGACAAGCAGGACAGCAUAUUUAAGGAGAUUGUGUUUUCCGAUAAGUUGUGGUAAAGUUAGAGUAUUACAUGAUAAUAUAUAGAAUAUAACGUGAAUAAAAAAUGGUUAACUCAUGUUAUAUGGAGUUUCAA